AUGUCCUUGCCGUCGACGACCACGACAAGACACCAGCUAGUGUCUGCGCUCGGUCCAAAGGCGCCUCAGUACUGGCAUGUUUUGCGCGAAUAUCUGACAGCGCACAUAUCUCGUACCGAAUUCGACGAGCAAGUCAAGGCACUCCUCGAGACUACGCAACUAUGUUCGUGUCCUAGUAGACAUCGCCUUUUGCAGCUGCACAACUCGCUGAUAGUAUCUCUCUUUGACACCUCCGCACAUCUCGCACCGCCCACACCGCCGCCAGACCUCCCCAAGCCACCACCGCGGAAGCGGCGACGAACACUACCGUACCAGGGAGCGGACAGCUAUGACACGGCGACACUUCGCUCAGACAGGUUGAAGAGGUGGACGGUUGGGCUGGGAAGGCGGGAGCGGGAGCGCGUACGGCAACUUGAACAAUUCGCUGUGCCACUGGAGUCGCGACCUCAGCAAUACAAGGACGAGAUUGCUGCCGACCGAGGAAUUCAGGUACUCCAAGAACGUGGAGAACCUCCAGGGAGUAGGCUGCCACUGCAGUUAGCUUCAAUAUCUCGGGGGUUCACCUUGCAACAUAUCUCUGACCGUAUGAACCUUGUGUGUGCGCAGAGCAACCUUGGCGCGCCCUCGAGACUCGUUUCACAACUCAUGAUGCUUGGAUUCGAGGCGAAGCUCAAGCAAAUCAUCUCUCAAGCACUCUCCCUUACUUCAACGUCGCACGCCAUCACCUCCAUUCAAACCUCUGGGAAGAAAACGAGCAGUUUCAUUCUUCCCGUCUCCGCCUUCGAGACCCUUUUCACAGUCUCGCCAGCUGUGCUGCCAAACAAGUCAGCAGCGGCCAUGCGAAUGGCGCUAGGCGACAACGAUGGGGUCGAGGAAGAGCUGCCAUUGCGAGAACGUGAGACACACGAUCAACGGUGGCAGCUGCUUUCCCUGCUCAGCGAACGCAGUACUGUGAAAGAAGCUUUACGGGCGUUGAGAUAGGGGCAUGUGGCCUUCCUGGAUAAUAGUCGGUGGGAGUAUGUACGACAGGAGGGAGCAGGUGACGCUGCAGUGAUGCACUGUAUUUCAUGUACUUACCUCGAUACCCAUGAUCGCAGCGUCGAGGGUCGAAUGUUGACUUGCAGAGCUUUGCAGAGAUUGGCCCUGAGCCGGCAUCCGGGCCGUUCCUGACCUGUGCUUCCGACGGGCCACCGUACGUCUUGUCCUCUGACCAGUAUAUAAGGCUAGUGGACGUUGUGUCCCCGUUACUAGAACUUGAGCACCGCAAUUAUGGCAUCGAC